UUUAGUGCGGACGCGUUUCCUGGCAACUUUUAUCCUGUGCGAAGAGCUGCAGCGGGUGGAGGGAUGAGCCAUUCUCCUGUGACCGGUCUGGAUGUGCAGGGAGCAAUCAAUUGGGUGGACACAUCUAACUCUCCUAAGACCUCAGAUUGGUCAGGACCUCAUGGUUUCACCCCCCAGGGGUUCAAGUUCAGGGAUGUGGCUGACAUUUCCAAGCAAGAACCUCAUGAGGGUACGCCUGCCCUGUCAGAGACUCUUACACAGACACUUGAACACAUGGACUCGGUAUGCAGAGAAACAAACACACUCCAAUCCCACACAGUUCACUUAGACAAAUUGUUAGUUCAACACACCACACACAUAAACUUGCCAACUGAAGAUGACACACACGUCGACACACAAUCCACUGAGACAGAUCCAACACAAGCUCGCUUUAAAAGAGAACUGGAAGAAUGGAGAGGAGAAAAGGAGGAAGAAAAGCGGGAUGAUGGAGAGGUCAACAAUAUUGAUAAGAGAGAGAUCAAGCAAAGGGAAGAGACUCUUAUUUCUGUACAGCCAGUUGAAGCCCUUUCAACAGAAAACCCUACCACUCACUCUGAAAUUGAUGGAUGGUGCAAUCCCAGUUUGUCCUCCUCCCAUGAUGAAGUCCAACCAAAUACUUCUAUUUCUCCUGAUGAGGCACCUCCCCUUGUUCCAGCCCCUCCCCCUGACCAGGCCACUCCCCCUCUGCUGCCAGACCUUGAUGAUUUGCGGUGCCCAGCUCACGUGAUGGCAGAGGUGCGUGUGCGGUCUGUGCCAGAGCGAGAGCGUGUUGUGCGUGGCAUGCAGGACAGUAAGAGCCUGGAUGAAAUCAGUGGGGCAUGUGGAGGCGGGGCACGAGGAGGCGGGACUAGAGGUGGGCAGGCGGAGGGACGCCGAGCCACCAUUUCCAGUGCACUAGAAUUGGAGGGAACAGUCAGUCAUGAUGGAGAUCUCACACACUUCAUCACCAAAAAUCUUGAACAGAAGAUUAAAUUGAGCUUGCAGCUGAAUCUGGACACAGACUCGGACUGCUCGGGGCCGGUUGUACGUGGACGUGGCUCUCUGCGUCGGCCUGCUGAUAUUCCGCCCAUUGACCCGUCAGUGCUGGUGGACCUACAGAGACACACACAGGAAGUGGCCCAGAGCGUAGAACUGAUGCUGCGGAGCCUCAGUGGAACUAUACAGAAUAUGACUGCACUAAGUGUUGGUUAUAUCCAGACUUACAGAGACUCAGUGGACAGUUUGGGAGAGUCAGUGGACAUGAGUAUAAAGGGAAUGUACACACUCAUGGCACGGUGUGAGGAGUUAGAUCGCUCCAUGCAACCAAUUCAUACUUUAGCUGCUCAGAUCAGAGACAUCAAACGAACCCUUGAUGCCUUGGAAGCCAUCUGCAAGUAACUAUGACAACAAACUACACCCUUACCAAGUGGAAACUCCACCUCUCGGAGAAAUGCUGUGGCUCCAUCCUCUGCAGUCAUUCUGCUAAAUACAAUGCAGUGGAAUAAUUUAGCUUAUUCUAAUGUUUCCUAGCAAUGCUCUGCAAGUGCUCGUCCCCUUUGAGACAGCUUGGUUCUCGUCCUUCCCCUUGGAGGCCACAUCUGUAAGCAUCUCCUUUUUGUUGAGGCUCCUCCCCUCUAGAAUGAUCGCCUGGGGGGACGUUAUUGACUCCUCCCUGUGACUCACUCCGUCCAGCACCAUCUGCAUGACCACAGGAAGGACUCUGUGUUUUUGGUGACUUUUGGGCUACUGGUUGUGGUUAGUGUUGCCCUUGUUUAUGAAGUGAGUGUGUUGGUGGGUGUUUUGACAGAUCAUGUCAUUCCUCAAAUCUUAGACCUAAGAGUAGUAAUGUGUGGAACACCAAAAUUUGCUAGUAUGGAAACAUGAACUGGAAGCCAUGCUCUAUGGAUUCUUGUUCCUCCCAGAUGUCUAUGUUUCUGCAGGAUGGAUGCUAUGCAUCCCAGAUCAGCUCCUGUUACCACUGCGACCGUUAUUAGGUGUUAAUACAAGCUCUGUAUUGGUUGUCUGACAAUUUUGGGCUUUUAAUUGAGUCAUGACAAAUGUCUCAUGUUUUCCUGUAUAAAAGUGUUCAUCAGAAAAGACCCAGGAGGAUGGGGAGAGAGAAUCGAGACAAAUGUGGGUUGGCAAAAAAAAAAGAUAACGUUUUCUUUCCUGUGAAAAUGAUCUUUACCUUUCUCAGUCUGUCUCUCUUUAUCAGUCUGUCUUGCAAACCAAAACCCUGAUUUGUUCAACAAACUGUCAUUAAUGUAUAUUUUAAAUAAUUAUAUAUAACACAAUAAAUUUGCUAGAA